CUUGUGGUUUGUGCUUUCAUCGUUCUUCUUUAGCGUUCUCGUCUCUUAUUUGCGUUUGUUGUACAAAUUCUUUCUACAGAGAAUAAUUGUUUGAAUAAAAAAUAAAAUUGAAAAUUUGAAAUUGAUAUUGAUAUUGAAAAUCAAAAGAAAAUUUAGAAAAUAUGCAAGGAGGAGGAGGAGAAUAGGUGAGCAUAGAAGAGUUGGCCUCAAAUCUCGCGACCUACGAGGAUCAGCUUCAUCAGGAACCCUCACAAAACACUCGGGAAUACUCAACAAGAAGUUUGAGAGAGUGAAAGAAGAUUUAGUGUCAGAAAAUGAAAAUGGAAGUCUAGUUUUUAUAGACAUCACAUGGCCCAUUCAUACGCCCAUUAGAGUCCGUCCGUUCAGACCAGGCAUGUGCUGGCCAAAUAUAGGCUAAACACGUGUCCAUCUUCAGCUUGAUUCGAUGCCACAUGUCAUAUCAGCUUGGGGACCAAGUGUUGUUGCUGUCAGCAAAACUUGAGUCCAAUCUUUGCCACAUCAACGACCGUGGGCUCCAAGAUUGCCAUGUCAGUUAGCUGAUGUCAUCAUGAUGGCAGCCCCUAUUACAACCUGCCAUGUAGCAUUGCACAAUAUGUACUGUCACUGUGCAUUUCUAUUCAUAUGACACACUUUGGCAAUUUAAACGACCCUGUUGGUAGCUUGACCAACUUUCAUUUUGGUAUAUUUGCUUCACUAUCGGCCAUCGUUGCUUCAGAGGCAUCUUUCGAAAAGUGGCGCUUUUGCUUUCAAUUCAAAAAGAGGAAUCUGAAGCGAGAGAGGGAGAGAGGAUGAUAGUGAGGACUCCGCCACCAAAGAAGCAAAGGUUCGAGACCAGGGCUCUGGAGAGCCCGCCGGUGGAUGGGUCGGGCCGGCGCCUCGUCAUCUACGAGGAUCCUCCGUCAGCGGCACCGUCCCAGCCCUCCGAGUCGGAGCACUUGCUCUGCACCUACCAAUGCCGCCAAAUGGUUAAAUCGGACUUUUUUGAGGCCUUAAGCAGUGCAGAGAAGCAAGCUGUUGACUACCAGUCCAGAUUUGAGGCAUUAAAUGAGAAUUUCAGCAAAGUUGAAGCUGAGAGGAAGAAAUUUCUAGAUCAAUUUUUAUAUGCAGAACAAGAACUUGCUGCUGCGAAAGGGCGGGAACAGGCGCUGCAAGAGCAACUUUUGAAAGAGAUGAAUGAUUUUCAGGAACGGUUUAAAAAGCAAAUACAAUCACAAAGCGAACUUGAGGUAAAGCUCCAGAACGAAAUGAAUCUUCGCUUGAAAGCAGAGUCUUCAGCAACUUCAGCUGAAGAGAAAGCAAGCAUCUUGGAGAGAAAACAAAUCCAGCUUUCUGAAAGCAUAGAGAAGGAGAAAAAACGUCUCAAUAAUGAGAUUGAGCUGCUGAAAAGAGAGUCAAAGCUUUCUGUUUCUAGAAUAAGGGCAGAUCUUGAAAGAAUGGAAUGCAGAGCUACUAAUGCCGAGAAAGAAUCAGAACUACUGAAAGGGCAGUUGGCAGAUAUUAAGAAGCAACUUAUGGAGUGCUUGCGUCAGAAGAGUGAAGUGGAGAAGAAAUUAUCAAGUUUCACAUUUCAAGAAGUUUCUUCUUCGGAUGAUAAUAUUUUGGUUAAACAUCUUCAGGAAGAGCUUAGAAACUAUGAGUCUGAAGUGAGAGAAGCAAGAAAGUUGAGAUCCUCUCAUGAAAAUAUUGAGUUAUUGAAGGAGAAAUUAUUGGAAGAGAGAGGCCGCAGAGAGAGGGCUGAGGCUGAUUUAUCUAAAUCACAAGAGUUCCAGAUGAGUAUGAAGAAGCUGGAGGAUGAAUUGUCAUCUUGGAAGUUAAUGAUUGAAGAAAUUCCCGGUGUUUCAUGUUCUGAGGAUAUACCUGUUAAAUUUGCAGCUCUACAAAAAGAGGUGAUUGAUAGCAUGAUGAAGGUGGGAGAUGCAAAUGCUUGCUUAAAACAAUUGGAGGUGGCUCUUGAUGCUGCACAAAGCGGAAAACAAAAUGCCGAAACUGAGGUUGCAUUGGCGAAAGAGAAGGCAGAAGUAUCAAAAUCAGAGGUUAAGAGGAUUGAAUUGAUGCUUUCUAUGGUUACCGAAGAAAGAGAUGAAUUAAGAAAUCUUGUAAAUGAAUUCAAGAGGCCAAAGAAUGAUGAAGCAGGAGAUAAAGCAGUCAGUGGGGCUGUUCUUCAGGAGCUUGAAUCGUCUAUUGCAAAGAAAGAAUUAUGUAUUAAAGAACUGGAGAGUAGUUUACAUGAACAGAAGGAAGUCAAUACUCAUCAAUAUGAAGAGAUAAGGUUGCUCAAUGAGAGGUUAAAUAAUGAGGCAAGGAGAAUAAAGUCAUUGGAGAGGGAGGGUGAUCGGCUUCGUUCAGAGAUUUCCCUAUUGGAGUCAAAGUUGGGCCAUGGUGAUUAUUCUGCUGCAAGUACAAAAGUUUUGCGGAUGGUAAAUACCCUUGCAGUUGAUAAUGAGGCAAAACAAACUAUAGAGGCUUUACAAACUGAGUUGCAGAAGACCAAGGAGAAGUUACAAGCUGUUGAAGAAUUGAAAAGUCAGACCGGUGAUGCUGGGAAACUGGUGGAUUCCUAUAUAUCUGGGAAGAUAACGCAGUUAAAAGAACAAAUUGCGACGCUUGAAAAACGUGAAGAGAGAUACAAGACUGUUUUUGCGGAUAGAAUUUCAGUGUUCAGGAGGGCGUGUUGUGAACUUUUUGGUUACAAGAUUGUAAUGGAUGAACAUCAGCGUUCUAAUGGAAUCCCAGUGACGCGUUUUACUCUCCAGUCUAUUUAUGCGCAAAGUGACGACGAGAAGCUUGAAUUUGAAUAUGAAUCAGGGAAUACAAUCAUAUUGACAAAUGAUUACACCUCUCAGCCUGAGAUAUCCCAUCAGGUCAACAUAUUCAUUCGGAAGCUGAAUUCAAUUCCAGCUUUCACUGCCAACUUAACAGUGGAGUCCUUCAACAAGCGAACCCUAUCGUAAAAUGAACGAACUCAUCGAGCCUUGAUAUAUCUGAAAUCUAGAUUUCUCUUUCAUCUCCAGACUUGUAUAUUUUGUAACCUAGCCAUUUCUUUGCCUAGAUCAUUAUAUUCAUCUUAUUCUAGGAACUCACAGAACAAGUCCUACAUAUAUUUGUGAUUCAAGGGUCUUCUGUGGAUUAACUGAUCAGAAUUUUGCUUCAUUUGGCUAGGAUGUUUAUCGACUAGAGUAGUGUUACUCUUCAACUCUAUUUAUCACACUUAUGUCACGUUGAAGAAGUCAAUUAAAACACACUGCGUCAGCCGGUUUCACGAGUGUGAUAAAUGAAUGUGAAGAGUAGUAUUACUCUUACGGAGUAUGGGAUGUGGAUUGACUUCCUGUUAUAAAACUGGGUGAGUAUCAACCUUUGCAGGUGAUGAAAUGUAAAUAAUCAUUUGACUA